UCUAUAUCAGAAUACCUGAGGUCCAUCAUGUUUUCCAAGCUGAGCCGCCCCCAGAGUGUUGCUGUUCUCUCUCGAGGUCUCCACGCAUCCCUGAGUUCUGCUGCCUCAGUUGCUCCCAAAAAAACCAUUCAAAGGCCCGUCUCCUCUGAGUCGAUCUAUGAACGGGAGGCUAAAUAUGGUGCCCACAACUAUCACCCGCUGCCUGUUGCUCUGGAAAGAGGGAAAGGUGUUUACGUGUGGGAUGUUGAAGGUAGAAAGUAUUUUGACUUUCUGAGUGCUUACAGUGCAGUUAAUCAAGGUCACUGUCACCCAAAAAUCGUGGAUGCUCUGAAAGCUCAGUCUGAAAAACUAACCCUGACAUCCAGGGCGUUCUACAACGAUGUACUUGGUGAAUAUGAGGAGCUCGUCACCAAAAUGUUCAAUUACAACAAAGUUCUUCCAAUGAACACAGGAGUGGAAGCUGGAGAAACUGCCUGUAAACUGGCUCGGAAAUGGGCAUAUACUGUGAAAGGAGUCCCAAAAUACAAAGCUAAAAUUAUUUUUGCAGCUGGCAACUUCUGGGGCAGAACAAUGUCUGCAAUCUCCAGCUCUACUGACCCAUCCAGCUAUGAUGGAUUUGGGCCCUUCAUGCCAGGUUUUGAAGUGAUCCCGUACAAUGACCUCCCAGCUCUUGAGCGGGCCCUUCAAGAUCCCAACGUGGCAGCUUUCAUGGUUGAACCAAUUCAAGGGGAAGCAGGUGUGGUUGUUCCUGACAAGGGUUAUCUCACAGGAGUGAGGGACCUCUGCACAAAACACAAUGUUCUGUUUAUUGCUGAUGAAAUACAGACUGGUUUAGCCAGAACAGGGAAAAUGCUGGCUGUUGACCACGAAAAUGUGAGACCUGAUAUAAUUCUUCUUGGAAAGGCCCUUUCUGGUGGCUUGUAUCCUGUCUCAGCUGUACUGUGUGAUGAUGAAAUCAUGCUGACCAUUAAGCCUGGUGAACAUGGAUCUACAUAUGGAGGAAAUCCAUUGGCUUGCCGUGUGGCAAUGGCAGCACUGGAGGUAAUUGAAGAUGAAAACUUGGCAAAAAAUGCAGAAAUAAUGGGUAACCUACUAAGAAAUGAGCUCAUGAAGACGCCGUCCAACAUUGUAACUGCUGUGAGAGGAAGGGGGCUGUUAAAUGCAAUUGUAAUCCGGGAAACCAAAGACUACGAUGCCUGGAAGGUGUGUUUGCGGCUCCGCGAUAACGGACUCCUGGCCAAGCCCACUCAUGGGGACAUCAUCCGUCUGGCACCACCACUGGUGAUUAAGGAGGAUGAAAUCAGAGAGUGCAUCGAAAUAAUUCACAAGACCAUCCUGUCUUUCUGAAAAACAUGGCUUUUACAGUCUGUCUGCUGACUGCUCCGAGGUGCUGUGCUGAAAUGUGUGCGAUGAAGGCCUGCUCUUGAAGCAAUCAUCUCUCAUUCCUUUUAUCUAAGAGGACUUGUAGCUGUAUCUUUAAAUUAUAGUGGCUUGAUAAAGAAUGAUUUUAAAGAAUUUCCAGUCUUGGAAUACUUGGAAAUAAAGUGGUGAGGCGCUGUUCAUCUGCUACUGAACAGUCGAGUCAGCAUGUUUGAGGGGAGAUAUCUGUAGAAAUGUGCUUAAUUGCUGAAAGUCCUGGCCACAGUUUAAAUUUUGAUUUAUAUCUAUAUUUUACUAAGGGUUGUCUUGCACUCUCAUGUCACUCUCCACAAACAUUUGGCAUUUUUGCCCCCCGGCGAGAUGGCUGUAGGAAGGAAGCACUUGUCAUUAUGGAUGAAAUUUGUGUUUCUCAUUUGUAGCUUGAAAAAAACCUCUAAUGCUGAAGGUUUGACAAACUGGGUGUUAUGCUGGUGAACUUGAGAAGCAUCGAGCUGUGUUCUGUGUGUACAAUAUUUUGAUUGUAUGACAAGAGAUGCUGUUUUCAAGCCUGGCCUCAGUGUUCGGCUUUGCAGUCUUGUAAAAUAAAUCUGAGCAUAUAUAUCUGUUU